GGCCAGCUGUCACGACGCGCGAAAGAUCAAAAUUUCUGUUCGGUGUGUGGGGAACAGGCGGGAGGAAGAGGAGCUGCCCGGCUAAACACCUCCUAAAUGUGCUUUAAACGUCAGAAAAUAGCCUUUGUCGCGCAGACAUUUACGUUUUGACAUCUUUUUUUGUUGUCUCCGCUGGAUUAUUUCACUAAAGAGCGACAAGCGGACAAAGAUGAGCCUGGUACUUUCUCAACAGCAGGCAGAGGGGCUCCCAGCGGUGGCCCAAACGGCAGCAGAGAGUGAUUCAGACAGCGGGAUGGGCUCUCCAGAGGAGGAGAUGGUCGCAGAUACAACCAACAAAAGAGAAGAAGUUAAAGAUUCUGAUGACGAUGAAGACAUCACAGUUCACCGAAAGCCUCAUCGUAACGCCAUCAGAGACAGUGACAGCGAGGAAGAGGAGGCCUCCGCGGAGAACAGUGUGCACAUGACCGAAGCACUGGUUUUAUCUGCCUCUAGCGGAGACGAGAUGGAGACCGGGGAGGCACAAGAGAAGAACGAGAGGACGCAGAAGACCAAGAGAAUCAGCCGUGCGCCCGUUGACAGCGAAGAUAGUGAACCCGAGCAAGCGAAAUGUGGUGAAGUGGAGGAGAAACAGGAGGAAGUAAAAUCGAAGAAGAGGGAGAAGAGUCAGAGGCAUCGGGAGAAAAAGGAGAAACGAAGCAAAGCGGUGGAAAAACUGAAGAAGAAAAAACGACUCUCUGAGAUGAGUGAGGAAACGCCUCUCCCUCGAGCCCUGAACGACAGUGGCUGCCUGCUGGGAGACACAGACCUGUUUGACACCGGACUGAACGACGAGGAAGACGAGGAGGAAGAGUCUCUGGAGGCCAUCAGAGCAGCUGUUAAGCAGAAAAUGAAAAAGCACAAGGAUCCUCUUAUGGAGGAGGAGGAAGAAGACGAGGAACCACUGGAGAAACCCCAGCGUGUGGAGAGGAAAGCUGCACGCGCCAGCAAAGAGGCGAUGAAGCAGCUCCACAGUGAAUCUCAGAGGCUCGUCAGAGAGUCUACUCUCGGCCUGCCCUACCACAUCCCUGAGCCGAAGACCAUCGACCAGUUUUUUAAGAAGAGAGCCAGACCCGAGGGUCCUGCCAUGGCUUUGCUGAAAUCUUCAAAGUAUUCAGCCGUGAUGUUGGAGACACCACCAGCUCCUCCUCCUCCUCCUCCUCCACCUCCCACUGAUCCACCCGGCGAGCCUCUGCUGCCACCCACAGAGCAGGACUCGUCUCCCUCUCUGGAUCUGUCGUCCACUCAGAUCCAGCCCAUCCCUGAGCCUGCCGCCACCUCAUCCCCGCAGAAGGAGAGCCCGAGCAAGGCCAGAGAAACUCCCGAGAGCCUCGAUCCUGAGCAGGAAUCCGGACCGAUGCUUUACCUCUCCGAGAGCCUGCAGGAGUCUGAGACAGCAGAUGGAUCAGUGAGACCUGAAUCGGGAGAAGAAACCUCUAAUGCGUGUUUAGACCAGAGUCAAAAUGCAGCCAUGGAUGACUCUAAAGUUCUGCAAAAAGAGCCCGAAUCUGGGACAUCGGCUGAGCCGUUAGCAGCUCAGUGUGGGAGCGCGAAUCCAGCUCCAAUAGAGGCUUCUCCACAGCAACCAACGAAACCCAAAAAGGACAAACUCGCCAUGCUGAAGAAGCUCGGACUGGACCCUCCACCGGUUGCUAAACUCUGUCCAGAUGACGGGGCCUUUGUUCAGCUGGAGCCAGCUCAGCUUAACCCAGGUUUGGAAGCUCUUAAAGUGCGUUACCUUCGUCAUGUUAAACCACCCGCACGCCCUCAAACAGAGCGUACAAUGCAGCUCAACAUCAUCCGCAAAGACACCGACUCCUCUGGCCAGGAGGAGCUGCACACCGAGACAGUCGCUGUUACUGUUAAAGAGGGCGCAGAGGAGCCUGGGGCAACCAAACCAGGAGAGAAGCUGCUGACUCUGAAGCAGCGUCUGCAGCUCGCCAUGGCCCAACGGAGACAGGAGGAGCGGGUACGCAAGGCCGAGCUGAAUCGCCUGGACAACGAGGAGUGCGGGGAGGAGGAAGAGGAGGAAGGAGAGAUGACGGAUGAGUCCGAGGAUGAAGAAUGUGUGGAUGACUUACUGGGAGGUGAUGAUGGUGAGGAGGAGGAGGAGGAGGAGGACGAAGGCAGUGUGGCAGGCAGUGUGGCUCAGAGUAUCAGGAGCACUUCCUCUGUGGCUCGGAUCAGACCGUCUCCAACUCCUGACCUAGUUAACACGGAUGGCACACUUAUGUUGUUCCCCGGCAACUCCUGCUCUCGCACCGGUGAUGGUGUUAGAAGGUCUGGUCCCUCUGGACAGGACAGCGGCAACAAGAUGGAUGAGGACGACUCUCUGUCCUUGGUGAAGGACAACAGCCACAACAGCAGCUUCGAGCUGGCAGGAUCCAUGAUCACCUCCUACCAGCCUGUCAGUCAUCAGCGCUCCGCAGGACGAUGCAUCUCCAACUCCUCCAUGUUCCGCUCCCCUUCCCCCUGCCUCUUCAGGCCGAGCUUCCUGGGCUCUGCCUCUAAGAGUUCAGGCAAACUUUCUGAGCCUUCCCUCUGCCUCCCUGUUGAGGACUCCCAAGACUUGUACGCACCUCCAUCCCCAGGAGCAGACUCGGGGCCCUUGGGUGGAGCCGCGUCCGGUCGCUUCUCGCUGGAGGACGACACCCACUCCCAGUUACUGGACGCAGACGGCUUUCUGAACGUGGGGCCGCGUCCCGGUGCUCCCCGCUCCCACAAGAGACAGCUGAUCCUGGACAGCCUGGAUGAAAACGCCAUGGAUGCCAACAUGGGGGAGCUUUUAGGGUUUUGCUCGGGGGGGUUCGGGACGAGGGCGGAGAGCGGCUCGAGUCAGGCCGCAGACCUCGGAGAGACGCAGGAGCUGCUCGGGUUGUGCUCUGGAGCGUUUCCAACAACGCAGGCGGGAGAGGAGCAGGGGGGAACAGAAGAGAGUAAAGAUGGAGGACAAGACGAAGAGUCUGAUCAUACCAUGGAGCGGCUGCUGGGGCUGUGUUCGGGGAAGUUUCCAAGUCAAGGUUCUGCCCACACAGCUUCACCAGCACAACAAAGUCAAAAGAAGCCAGAGGAAGAAGAAGAGGAGGAAGAAGAGGACUGCGAGUUUCGGCUGCUGUCAGACGUAGAGAGUCAUAGUGAACAGGAGGACAAUGAUGUCGACAGUGGGGACGGAGAAGGAGAGGAGGAGGCAGAUGCCGGUGAAGAGGAGGACAACGAGGUAGAACAGGAGGAGAUGGAGGGUCUGUUCGCUCAUCGCCGGGUGAAGAAAAAGAAGAAAAUGCGUCUGGCUGAUUACCUGGAGGCGGAGGCGGAGCUGUCAGGCAGCGAUCUGGCCAGCGAGGAUGAGGAUGAUGCCGGAGGGAGUGAGUACGAGGAAGAGGAGCUUCUAGAAGAGCUGCCGUCUGAUGAAGAGCUGCAGGACCAGGUCAACAAAAUCCACAUGAAGCAGAUCAUGGAUGAUGACAAGCGUCGUCUGAGACUCUACCAGGAGCGUUACCUCGCUGACGGCGACCUGCACUCUGACGGCCCAGGAAGAGCACGCCGCUUCCGUUGGAAAAAUAUCGACGAUGGUUUUGACAUGGAGGGGACGGGAGCAGAGGGCGAGGGAGAGGAGGAGGAAGAUGAAGAUGUGGACCAGGCCGAGGUCCAGAGGAGGAAAGAGAGACUGGAGAGAGAGCAGUGGCUCAGAGAGCAGUCUGAAGAGAAAUCCAAGAAAGGGGACGAUUUGGAUGCAGAUGACGAGAAGAUCGAAGAGGAAGACAGCCACUUUAUGAAGCUGGCCAAGAAGCUGACCGCCAAGACUCUGCAGAGAAAAGAACCUCCUGCGGCGCCACAACCAGAGAAGAAGUCGACAGCGGCCCUCAAUCCCUUCCAGAGACCCUCGCAGCCCUUACAGGUGAGGAGAGGCUCACUCCUGAGCCAGCCUCAGUCCGUCCUGCAGAAGCUGGCCACCAUCUCGGACGGGAAUCCUCUGGCGCCCAGAAACACCCGGGGUUUCCUGUUUCAAACGUUGUCUCCUGAGAAGGACGGCAAAACCGCAGACGCUCCUCAGAAACAGAUGAUGAAGAAGAGGGGAGCGGUGGAAACGGUGAACCCGGCAGCUAAGAGGGUCUGCACGGGGAACAAACCCGCUGCACAGACUAAAGGCCCGCAGAGGAGCAUCUUCAACUUCCUGGGCCAGUGAGGUCACAGUAACACACUAACUUAAUGAUAAUCAUCAGCGGGCCAGGAGAAAAGCACACUGAUAACGGACUGCUGGAUAAGCCGAUCAGACUUGAAAAAUGAAGGAGGUUGAAAUGACGGCUGUGCGUCGAGCCGUCUGAUCAGCGUCCUUCCCUCUGGAUCUGUUUUAUGAAACACAAACGCAGAUGUUCGUCCGUGUUUUUGCGUGUUUGCAUUGCCUUGAUUGGCAAACUGAAGAGCACCACUGAGGCGUCUUUUGACCUCAACACAUUAGCGGCACACGUUCUCAGCUUGUGUCUACUUUAUGAAUCCAUCAGAAGCCUUUAAUGACCUCAUCUUACUUGACUCACAGAGGCAAACCUUUUAUCAUGUAAAUAGGAUUUAUUUUGUUUUUAAUGACUAGGGAGACUUUUAUACGAUGAUUUAAAUGUAUGUGUUCUACUAUGUAAAUAAAAGUGUAUUUUAAGACA